AUGACUAAUUUGAAACCAUUUCCGUCGUAUGACAAUGAUAGGCCAACGUUAGAACCUGUGAAAGAUCAUCGAAGAAGAAGGUCGUCAAGUAUAAUAUCGCAUGUUGAACCGGAGACAUUUGAGGAAGAAAAUGACCAGCAGUUAUUGCCGAAUAUGAAUGCUUCCUGGGUGGAGCAGCGUGGUGCAUGGGGCAUUCAUAUUGUCAUAAUAAUACUAUUGAAGUUGUUCUACAACUUAGUUCCGAGAAUUACAAACGAAUGGUCGUGGACCAUGACGAACAUGACAUAUGUGAUUGGAUCCUACAUAAUGUUCCAUCUCAUCAAAGGAACGCCUUUUGAAUUUAACGGUGGGGCAUAUGAUAACUUGACUAUGUGGGAGCAGUUGGAUAAUGGGAUGUUGUAUACACCGACAAGGAAAUUUUUAAUAAGUGUACCAAUUGCUUUGUUUUUGCUCAGCACGCAUUACUCUAGAUACGACCUCAAGUUGUUUUUAUUGAAUUUCGUUUUGACUACCAUGGUUGCGGUAGUACCAAAAUUACCACUAACCCAUAGGGUUCGGAUAACGAUCCCAGGUAUCAUUGGGCCUGCACAGAUUGGAUGA